CGAUCGUAGAGUUUUUUUGACAGCUGUAACAUAUGCGCACGAUACGUACGAUUUUUCUGAUACCAGUAGCAUACGCGCACGUUUCGAUUCGACAAUGAACAGGCAAUAUAUGUUAUGCGCCACCAAUAAAUGUAAAAACGCAGCUUCAGAAAUUAUAUCUACUUUUGAUCGUUCGGUCGAUCCGUGUGACAAUUUUUACAAAUUUGCUUGUGGCGGAUGGUUACAAAGUAACCACUCAUAUACAUCAUUUGCAGUAAUUAACUUUCUCACAGUGCUCAUAGAAAAAUCAGAAAAUCAGCUUCGAGAAAUUUUAAACGCAUCGUCUAAACCGAGCGAUACUAUGUCUUUCAUAAAAGCGAAGCGUGUAUUCGCGCAGUGCAUGGAUAAAGAAACUAGUAAAGCAUUUGGUAUGAGUAACUUGAACGCCAUUGUAAAUCGCUACGGCGGAUGGCCAAUAGUUAUGUCCCGUAACGAAUGGAAUGAAAGAAAUUUGACUUGGCAAAAUGUUACUACCAAUUUGCAUAACAAUAAAUUAUUAGGCGUCGGCCUGUAUGAUAUAGAAGUAUCUCAAGAUUUAAAACUGCCCAACAGUAACGCUAUCUAUAUUUUUGGACCUGCUCUUCCUUUUUCUCGAGACGAAAUGAUAUCCAUAAACAAUACUAAAUGGCGGAAAGAAAAGUAUAAAUCUACCAUCGUAACCGUUGCGCAAAAUCUUAUAACAGAAAAUGGCGGAACAAGUAACAUGAUUAAACUUAAUCAAGAUGCACUUGACAUCGUACAUUUUGAAGCGGAACUAGCUAACUUGACGAGCACUGUAGACAGGAUAACUAAUACAUUUAUUGCGCUAACAAUCCAACAAUUGCAAGAAAAGUACGACAAGCAAAAUCCCGGAAUAAUAGAGAAGAUUGACUGGCGCUCAGCCAUUCAGGAUUUAUUUGCAUCAAAAAAAAUCGCGAUAGAUCCAUCUGAAAAACUUUUUGUUGCAGCGUAUGAAUAUCUUAUCAAUUUAGUACCGUUGUUAGAACGUACACCGUCACGUACUAUUGUUAAUUUCAUGAUAUGGAGUUUAAUCAGAAAGUUAACUGAUUACAUCAAACCACAGAAAUUUAGUGGCUUUGCUCGCGUCAUAAUAGGUGCAGACAAUACCCAGCUAGAAGAAGAUGAUACAAACUGGAUGCCAUGCAUUAACUCGCUCAACUUAGAUCAUGCUAUUUCGCAUGAAUAUGUCAAGAAAUACAUAUCGCUUGAUACCAUACAAGACAUCACAGAAAUAGAUACAGAUAUUACAAGCGUCCUUCAUCAACAAAUAAGAAACGCCACAUGGAUGGAUGAGCCUACAAAAGAAGCGGCUGUCGAGAAACUUACGUAUAUGAAACACGAAUUUUUUUGGCCUGAUUGGUACAGCGACGAAGCUAUUGACAGAUAUUACGAAGACUUGAAUAUCAGUACGGAAUAUCUCGACAACAUUAUAAAUAUAUGGAAUUUUGAAACGAAGAAAAUGAUAAACUCGUUAAGGACACCCGUAGACAAGACAAAAUGGUUAAACCAACCGACACAACCGCGAGCCGCCUACAUUAUGGUAUCCAAUAGACUCGUUCUCACUGCUGCUUUCUUACAAAGUCCUGCAUAUGACCAAAAUCGCAUUGCAUUAAUAAAUUACGGAAAGCUAGGAUGUGUCAUUGGACAUGAAAUUAAUCACGCCUUUGAUGACGACGGUCGUAACUUCGACAAAAAUGGAAACAUCAUGCAAACAUGGACACAAAAGUCUAUCGAUGAGUAUGAAAAUAUAACGCAAUGUUUCAUUGACCACUAUAACAAGUAUCUGAUUCCAGGAUUGGAAAGUGAGAAUAUUCAAGUGAACGGGACACAAACGCUCAAAGAGAACACGGCGGAUGCUGCUGGAAUUGUUGCUGCAUAUUACGCGUACAAGAACAGAAAAGCAAGAUUGAAUGAAACAGAAUGGCGGCUGCAAGGACUGGAAGAUUACAGCGAAGAUCAGAUUUUCUUCUUGACGUAUGCUCAAUUUUUUUGUGAAAGUGCUCUGCCAGAAGUGACACAAAAUAUCACUUCUGACGUCCAUUCUGCGAUGGAAAUUAGGAUUCGCGGCAGCCUUUCAAAUUCUCAUGAAUUCUCCCAGAGUUAUAAUUGCUCUGUGGGAACUCCAAUGAAUCCGGAAAAGAAAUGUGCCCUUUGGUUCUAAACUGAAGAGACGUAAAUGGAACUUGCUUAUAAAUUGUUAACGCGAUAUUUUUUUUGUAUAACAAACAUUUUAGAAUAUUUACAAUCGUUAUAUUUCUAGAUAUACACACUGACUUCUGCAAAAAAAUUAGCAAUUUCGGUAUAAUUACGAUAUUCUUGAAGAGAAAAGAAUUGUAUCUUUCUAACCGUUAAAUUUUAGACACGUUUAGUAUAAGUUCAGAUUAAAUGUAAGUGUAUAUUGUUUAAAUAAUUUACAAUCUCUCAAAAAAUAAGAAAACAAAAAUUACGAAACGGUAGAUUUCUUUAUGUACUUUGGUAAAAAUACUAUUUGUACUUUUACAGAUGUCAGUAUGAUAUCUAUAUCUCAUACGAAACAUAAAUGAAUAUUUAUAUGAAAAACGUUAUAUGUAACUAUUCGUUGAAAGAAAAUUUACGGUUUUCUUUACACUUAGAAGUCAAAACCAAACAUUACAUUCUUUUACGAAUAACCCAAAUAUACAUUUCAAUAAAUUAUUCAGAGAAUAAUAUCGUAUUACGUAUAAGUAUGUGUCCUGUAGACGGUUUAGGUUUUAUUGUUCUUAUGCAUGAAUACACCAAAUGUAUAGAAACAAAAAUAAACGAAACAUUUUCAAAAGUGAUUAAAGAUUAUUGUCUAAAAAAUAAGGCGUUCGUUGCUUUUUGAAUUAUUAUUCACAAAAAAUAAAUUUCUACCGUAGGUUUUGCACAUUGCGAUGCGAUAGCAGUGCAUUUGGUUGACGUAUAAAAGAUUAGAAACAUACAUUGCGAUUGAUAUAUCCACACAAAAACAAAACUCCAUAUGUCUACAUAAUUGCAUGUAACGCUUUAUAUGUUCGACAAAACACGUAAGAACGUGACGAUUCUUUUAUUUUCCCGAUGAAAGUGAAAAACUUUACACGAGAUAGGCAGAUCUUCUCUGUCUGCUGCAGCGGUAUAAAUUGCAUCUAUUCUCUCUAUUGCAGUUUUAAAAGCGCAAAGAAACAUAAAAUGGCAAAUUAAACUGUACAUGUCAAUUUAUUUUCUUAUAGAACUUAAGUGUCUUAUCUAUAUGUGAUGCAAACAAGCAUCAUAUAUCGUAUAUAAACCAAACAUAUCAAAUUCUAUCACAUUAAAGUAGAAUUACAUUAUCAUUUAUCUGUUUUUACUUACAUAAAAAAAAAUAUUAACUGCAAUCAAGUAAUAAUGAUAGUCAAAUUACUUAAAAUAGUAUAUAGUCUUUAUUACUUGUGAUUCAAUUAUAAGCUAAUAAUAUGUUUCUAUUCUAAUUUCACUAACCAAUCGAUACUUAGAAAAAGAAUUAUUACAACAGCCGCCGAUAAGUUGUCUUUAAAUUAGGAGAGUUAAAACUUUUCUCGGAGAUGUUUUUUUUUCUGUGUCUAUGUACGAAAUGCAUCACUUUACACUUGGAUACACCUACCUAUGCCGUUUGAAAUAAUGUUCUAAUGCAUUUGCUGUUGUGACAUCUGUUUAAAUUUGAUGUGA